UUGGGCCAGCGAGGCCACCAUUGAGAGGCGUAGCGACGCAGCCGUGUUCGAGUAGCUACCGUUCACGUGCCGGCAGCCCCGGAUCCUCUUUCUAUAGCUACCAUGGCGGAGCCGGGAACUCUGAACCUCAAUAACGAGGUUGUGAAGAUGAGAAAAGAAGUGAAGAGAAUCCGAGUUUUGGUUAUCCGAAAACUUGUCAGGAGUGUUGACAGACUGAAGUCAAAAAAGGGUACCGAAGAUGCGGUAUUAAAAAACCAAAGACGAGCACAACGACUGCUUGAAGAAAUUCAUGCCAUGAAGGAGUUAAAACCUGAUACAGUAACUAAAUCUGCUCUUGGUGAUGAUAUCAACUUUGAAAAAAUCUGCAAAAAGCCUGAUUCUACUGCAACUGAAAGAGCAAUUGCCAGACUAGCAGUGCACCCUCUUCUGAAGAAAAAAGUAGAUGUGCUAAAAGCUGCUGUCAAAGCCUUUAAAGAUGCAAGACAAAAUGUUGUUGAAGUUAAGUCAUCAAAGAAUGCUUCAGAAGAAAAUCAUUCCAAGGACACUUUGUGUUCAAAUGAUGCCAGUAAGUUACAGCAUGAAGGAACUAUUAUCAGUGAGCAAGAAGAGAAAGAAGCCAAAAUAUUGGCAAAGAAACCAAUAAAUAAUUCAAAAGGAAAAAUAGCCAAGAUGGAACAUGGACCCAAAGCAGUGGACAUUCCAAAUUCUCCAUCAAAGCCUUCUGAAAAGGAUUCUGCAGUUCCCUCUGAACCCCAGAAGAUACCUGCUGACCCCAAAAUAAAAACAUUAAGUCAAAUAAAAAAAAAGAAAGAGUCCAGUAGCUCACUUAGUAGUAACAGUGAUGGAGAAGAAUUACAUGAAGAAGAGAAGGAGUAUUUUGAUGAUAGCACAGAAGAAAGGUUUUAUAGACAAUCUUCCAUGUCUGAGGAUAGUGAUAGUGGUGAUGACUUCUUCAUUGGGAAGGUCAAACGGACACGGAAGAAGGAAAGUAGUUGUCAUUUUUCAGUUAAGGAACAAAGAGUCCCCCCAAAAUAUUUACCUGAAGAAGAUGUACUUAAAACCCAUCAGGAUAUAAGAAAUGACAAAAACAAGCCACAUACAGAAGCAAGGAAGUUUGAGUCAGUGUUUUUCCAUUCUUUAUCUGGAUCUAAAAGCUCUGGAAGAGAACAGGUUCCAAAAAGCAAAACUCCAGGUUUUCAGCAAAUUGAACCUCAGUUCAAGAAUCAAUUUAAUAAGAGUACACAAAGAGGAUUUGAAAAUACAAAACAGAAAUCACAACUGCCUCUUCAUCCUUCAUGGGAAGCAAGCCGGAGGCGAAAAGAACAGCAAUCUAAAAUUGCUGUGUUUCAGGGGAAGAAAAUUACCUUUGAUGAUUGAUUAGUACCUUUGUGUGAACUUUUUUAUAUAAAAAUUGUUUUUCUUUUUUAAGCCAGCCCAUUGUUUAAAUUUGUAUUGGAAUAAGUCUCUUUGAACAGCUUACAGAAAUAAAUUUGGUUUUGUCUUUAUUUUUCUUUUCUAAGUAUAUUCAGGUUAUAUUUAAACUGUCACAAAUCAAGUACAUACUUAAAUUAAUUUUUAAUAUGUCCAGACUGUUCCGUCUAUAAAAGAAUUUUGAGAUAAUAGCUAUUUCAGAUUUUCUUAUUUGUGUUUUAUCAUGAUGUAUUUCACUGGUUUAGCUCUUUGUUUCUUUACCCUGAAAAUAAAUGUUGAGGUAUGUUUAAAAUAAUAGAACAAUAUGAAAAAAUUGUAGCUAUUUAAAAUAGAUCAUUUUUGCUAAAAGUUAUUCUUGUUAGCAAAACUAAGAUAGUAACUUUUAUUAUGUAUACAGAUAAUAAAUUAUACAAGUAGAUAUUAAUUUUUACUAUAGUUUUAAUUAUUUGUGAUUUUGUGCUUUUUGACUGUUCUAAAAUAGUUUCCCAGGAAAUUUUUAGAUUUCUGAAUUAAGUUUCAGUUAUUUGGGCAACAUUCACAUUCCAGUGUAGUAACACAACAUGUAGUUAGUUAUUUGGCCAUUUGUUCUUAUAGAAACAUUUUUUGAGGAAUCAUAGUUGAAAUUUAUAAGAACUAAUUCUGAAGGAAAUAUGAUUGAAAGAGCAUUUCCCCUUAUAGUUGAGCAGAGGUUAUGAGAUGACUUACUGAAGAAGGGACUACCUUAUUCUUCAUAGUACUGUUAUUUUAAAACAGGAUUUUUUAAAUUCCUUCAAAUGUUUUACUUUUUGCUACUCUGGGAGAAAUUAAAGUUUCUUAGUUAACUAGGUAAUGCUAACUAAAUUCUAGGUUUUCUAUGCAUUGAUACUGUUAAUGGCAGGAAAAGCAUUCUGGUUAGCAGGAAUUCAGAAACUCUGAAAAGUCAUUUUUAUCUUUUUCCACAGCUUAGGAAUUUAGAUAACUAGAGCAAUAGAUUCCAAGAGGUUUUGCAGAGAGAAAAUAAUUUUUGUUGUAUUGAAUGCAAAAUUUUUCCUUUAAGUUUUUAUUUUAUGUAAUUCCAAGUAUGUCAAAUUGAAAAUGAUUUCAGUUGAAAUUUUAAUUAUGAAAAAUAUUCCAGGAAAAGCUAAAAAAUAAUGUCUUUGUCCCUACCCAGGUUUAGCCAAACUGCAAGGUUGAGAACACUGUCCUCCAGACUGCCAAGUCUGCCCAAGACUUCUUAACCCAACUUCAAGGAGUUAGGUUUCAGCUACAAAGUUAGAGGAAAGAGCCCACACAAGACUCUGCUCUUACUUCUGACACCAACCGCAGGUUCGGAGGUUGUGGGGGGAGGGUUCCCCACAUACCCUCAGGUUCAAAAAUUUGCUUGAAAAACCCCCCAGAACUCACUGAAGCCUAUUAUAAAUAUUCCCAGUUUUAGUUUAUUACAGAGAAAGGUUAUAAAUUUUAAUCAGCCAAAGGAAGAGAUGCAUAAGGGCAAAGUUUGAGCAUUCUGAAUGCAAAGUUUCUGUUGUCCUCAGAUUGCAUUGCCGUCCUGGCAUCAGUAUGCACAAAGUAUUGUCAUUCUUAGAAGCUUGCUCAGGUUUUGGUGUCCAGAAUUUUAUUGUGGCAUCUGUGUCUAGGCACGGUCAGUUGAUUGCCCACAUGAUUGUUGGAAAUGGACUGAUACCAUAUGACCUGAAGCCCCCAUCCUAAAUGACAUGGUUGGCCUUUUUUAGUGCAGCCACCUCCUGCCCUAAACAGAGACACUCCUGUCAGAAGAGUGCCUCCAUGAAGCUGAAGGCAAAGGCAGUUUCUCUCUUUGGGCAAGACCAAGUUCUUUACUGCACAAUAUCCUUCACCCAAAUUCCCCAGAUACUAAUGUUUUACUGCAUUUACAUUAUCCUUGGGUCUCAUCUUCCCUCUCCUCCUCUAUUCCUUCUUCUCUUCCUUUUCCCCUUUCUCUUCCUUCUUUUUCUCAUUCUCCCUCAUUCAGUCUCUCCUUCUCUCCCCCUUCAUCUGCUCUCUUCCUCUCCCGCUUUUCUCAUUUCUUUCUUCUUCUCUCCCACCUUUAUAUUCUUUCUUUAAAAAUGCAGUCAUUCUCUAGUCUCUUGUAUUACCACAAUCCAGUUACCAAAUACUCAAUUUUUGCCAGUUGCCCCAGUGCCUUUUUAAAGCCACAGAAGAUGAAGCAUCAUGCCUUAUAUCCAUUUGUCACUUUAAAUUCACCUGUCAUGUUUCUUUGGUUGGGAACAGUUUCUCAGUCUUAGGAUUUUGUGACAGUGACAUUUUUCAGAAGUACAAAUCAAUUUAUUUUACAUUGUUUCUUUAUUUGGUUUUGUCUAAUAUUCCCACUAUUAAAUUCAAGUUAUGCACUUCUGGCAGUAAUGUUACAGAAGGGAUGUUGUAUUUGUCCUAGUAUAUCAUAUCAGGAAGUAGGUAAUGAUAUUGAUAUGGCCCAUUACUGGUAAUAUUAACUUGGCUUACUUGUUUCAAGUGGUAUCUUUGAUACUGUGUGUAAUUGUGUCCUGAAACUUUCAUGCACUAGUUUUAACAUUAAUUCAUGAUUCUUACCUGAAACAAUUAUUGCUAUAGUAACUGAUAGGUUUUUUUUUAAUUUCAUCUUGUUUCUACAUUUAUUAGAUGACAUUUUAGAAUAAGGAAGUUUCCAUUCUCUCCUCUUUAUUGAGUUUUUAAAUAUAUUUCCACAUUAUCUCAUGGGUACCUCUUUUAUUCUAUUUUUCUGUUUAUUUUUUAUUAAUUGGGUAUUUUUUAUUACUUUAUUUGUUAUUGCCUUAUAAGGUUUAUAAUAUACAUCUUUGACUUAUCACAGCCUAACCUCAAGUAGUUUUCAUACCACUUUACUUGUGGUUCAUGUACCUUAAUACAGUAUGCUUCAGUUUUCUUCCCCUGAGCCUUUGUAUUAUUGUUUACAUACGUUUUGCUUCUACAAAUAAUCCUACAAUACACUGUUAUUGAUUUUGCUGUGAUAGUCCAUUUGUCUUUGUAGCAUGUCCAUGUUUUUCUCUACUUCCUGUAACAUAUGGAGUAUUAUUAGCUAUUUUAAUGAUCUUAUCUGGAGUGAUUCUCAACCUGGGACAGUUUUUUCCCACAGGGUACAUUGGGCAACGUCUAGAGAUAUUUUGGGUGUCACAGCUGGGGAGAAGGGUGCUGCAUCUAGUGGAUAUAGGCCAGAGAUGCUGCUAAAUAUUCUACAAUAUAUAGAAUAAAGAAUUAUUAAGCCCAGAAUUUCAGCAGUCCUCAGGCUGAGAAACCUUGGUCUGGGGCUCAUUUAGUGCCACUACUGAGGCAUUACCUUUCUAAGAAGUUUGCCUAAUGCUUUGUUUGUUGGAAGAUUUUUCUUUUGUGUCUGGUGAGAACACAGACUAUACCUAGAGCUGUACAGGCUCCUAGGAUGGCUCUGCCAACUCCUUCCUGGUGACUCUUCCCUUAUGACUUUGUUAGACUCUUUAUACACAUUUCUCAGGUCAGCCUAAUACCAUUGACCGUUAUGUAGAUCUCCAGAGCACUUUAUCUUCUUUUGCGGAUUUCCUUCCUCUCCGGUAUCUUGCCUCACAAAUUCUAGUCAGAUUAACCUCUCUGAACUCUGAACUGUCUUUUCAGUAAGGUAGUUGGGCUAUUUUGGAAUUUCUCCCACCUGCACUAUAUUGGAAACUCUUCAAACAGUGCACUGGUGAACAUGUAGCAUGCAAUUCAUUUGUGUUCUUCCUCUCAGGUGUUAGUAUCCUAUACUGCUUUUUGUCCCUUGUCUGAAACCUUGUUUCAUAUAUUUUGUCCAGUAUUUUGUUUAGUAUAGAAGAGCAGAUCUGGUGCCUGUUAUUCCGUAAUGGUGAGAAAUAAAAGUUCAUUAUUUAUUUUGAUGCUCAAAUUAUCCUUAAUUUGAUUAAUGGGAGCUCCCUCAAGCUGUCUCCUGUGUCCUUUUGGCAUGUAAGUUCUUUCUGUAAUAGUAAGGAAGAUGGUUUCUCAUUUUCCAUAAUAUAUUUACUUGUUUUCUCAACCCCAGAAUACAUAGAUGUUUUCUUCAGAAUUGUUAACUGAAUACCUCUGCAAAACAGAAGCCUACUAACCAAACUUUAAUGUAUAUUUAGAGUUCUUUUUUCUUUAGCCUAAGAGCGUAUUAUCUCAAAACCAAGUUUGAAAGUUACCUGGGAUAAUAUCAGCAAAAAUGGCUGAGUAAGGAGAUGGAAAAAUUAUUUUUCUCCAUUAAAAGCAGUGAGAAAACUAUCCGUAUUGUCAGAAUCAGCAUUUUCAGAACUAUGGAAUUAACCACAAGCUUACAGCAAUCCAAGGAGUAUUAUUUAUUUUAAAUGCUUGAAAUCUUGAUAAGAAGUUAUCUUUAUGACACUUUAAUUUACCCUAUUCUUAUCACCCACUCAGAUCUUAUCACCCCAGAUCUAUGGUGUCUUGAAAAUCAACAGCCCACAAUCAUGAUGAAAACCAGCAGUCUGGCAGCCACUGUUGGGGCCAGAACAGGGGUGGAGCUUAUUCAAAGACACAUUCCCUGAGAAUUAUUAUUUGACCAUUUUGGUAGUUCACUGGAAGACCGCACUGGCAAUUCUGUCUUUAUCUAACUUGACAAGAUCUUACGCAAUGUGAAAAGCCUUUUUCCUGAGAUCAGUUUUUGAAAUGAUCUUAGAGGCAAUUGUUUAACAUUACAGCUACCUGAAGCAGGGAGUAACAGUUGGGAAAAAUAAGUUAAUCAAAUGGCUUAAAAGGAACCCUGGAAAAUUCAGUAUCCUAAGGACUUUGAUAACUUUUGAAUUGUUUCCUGGAAUUAAGGAAGUUACAUGCAUGAUGGGGCUAUGUGCAUGUUCAGGUAAAAGCUGAGAAGGCCCUAAACCCUCACUUCUGGCUGACUUUGUGGAGACUUGCAUAAGCAGGAAGUGAAGGGUAAGGUGGAAUUGUCAACUUCCUGACCAACACACAUUUAGACUCAGCAAACUUAGAGAAGUAUUGACUCUAGGCAUUAAGGAAAUCCUUAUGCAGUUAUUAGUGUAAAACUGAGCUAAUGAAGCAGAGACUUCAGUGCCAUACGCAGCAAAGAAUGCAGAGUUCACAAAAAUAGUUCAAAAAGGUCACUAAACAAACAGCAGCAAAAAAAUAGCAACAGGAAGCCCUAGGGAGAAGGGAAUAAUUGAUUUCUGGAGUUGUGACAUUGUAUUAUUUAAAAUACCCAGUUUUCAACAGAAUAUUAUAAGACAUCCACCAAAAUAAAGUAUAGCCCAUACACGGGGAAAAAAGCUGUCAGUAGAAACUGUCCCAAGAAGGCCCAGACUCUGGAUUGUUUUGACAAAGACAUUAAAUAAGCUAUUUUAAAUGUAGUCAAAGAACCAAAGGAAACCAUAUCUUAAUAAGAUAAAAAUCUGAGGUGUCUCACCAAAUAGAGAAUAUCAGUAAUAAGACAAAUUAAAGAAGAAACAAAAAGUUUAAGAAUUGAGAAGUACAUUACUGAAACAAAAAAUUCAACAGAAGGUUCAACAGCACAUUUUAUCUGGCAGAAGAAAGACUGAGUGAACAUAAUGAUUGGUCAAUUGAGAUUAUCCAGUUAGAGGAACAGAGAAACAAAACAAUGAAAAAUUAACAGACGCUCAAAAAUGUGUAGGAAACCAUCAAGUGUACCAACAUAGGCAUAAUGGGAGUUUCAUGACCCCUAUUUGCAGUCACAGCUGUAUAUACCCAAAGAGAAUUGAAAACUUAUUUUAAAAAAUACUUAAAUAUGAAUGUUCAUAAUAGCUAAAAAGAGGAAAGAACCCAAAUAUCCAUCAACUGAUGACCUGGUAAACAAAAGUGGUGUGUACAUGCUGUGGAAUACUAUUCAGCCAUUAAAAGGAAUGAAAUAUUGUGACAUGGAUGAACUUUGAAAACAUCGUGCUAAGAAAGAAGCCAAUGCAGAAUAGGAUUCCAUGUAUAUGGAACGUCUAGAAUAGGUAAAUCCAUAGAGAGCAGAAGUAGAUUAGUGACUGGUAGGGACUGGAAGAGGGAGGAAUAGUGAGUGACUGCUAAUGGGUGUGACAUUUCUUUUUGGAUUGAGUUGUGUUCUGGAAUUGGAUGGUAGUGUUGGUUGCACAACUUUGUGAAUAUACGGAAGUCCACUGAAUUGUGUACUUUAUAAGGGUGAAUAUUGUAUGUGAAUUGUAUCUCAAUUUUUUUAAUAAUAAUAAAAAGUUACCUGGGUUAA